UUGUAGAGACAAACAAGGCGAAAGCCAACAUCUCGAAAGCCAAAGCCAAGACCUGUGAAGCCAAAAGCAAAAACUCAAACAAACAGGGCGAGACGCCGGAGCGGAAUGCAUCGAGGCAUCGAGCACGCCCCUGAAAUGGUGGAGCCGCCUCGCGUCGCCGGCUGCUCGACAAACUGGAGGGAGGAGGCGGAUGAGCGGCUUCGGCGCCUCCACUCCCUCCUCUUCGGCGCCGACGCGGCGCUCGAGCACGGGGACGUCAUGUUGGCACAGGCGCUCGCGCUCCGCCUCCUCGGCUUCCUCGACUGCCAGGCCCUAGCCGCAGGCGCAGGCCCCGAGGACGCCGCCUUCGUCGCGCCCAUUCGCGCCGCGGCUUCCGCUCGGCUAGCCGCCGCCUCACGCGCCCGCGUCCCUGACUCCGACCGUGCAGCUUUUGAGCUCGCAAGAACAGAUGUUGGCUGUGUUUUUGCAAAGCAGGGUGACAAUAAUGUUGAAAGAAUCCAGUGUUCGAAGUAUUUCCAAGCUCUUCUUCAGAAGGCUAAAGCAAAUGCUUCUGAACAACUGAAUGCAACAUGCCAAGAGUUCUCGGUUCAAUGGGCUCCAUGCGUUGAUGAAAGCCAAGCUGACAUGGAAAAUGAGAAGCUAAGCAUCAGGGAUUCAAAGUUAAUGCUGCAAACGAAGUUGGCAUCAUUAUAUAGUAGCAAGUCCUUGAAGGCAAAUGGCAUACCUGACAGAAAUAUGUUCGAAACAGAUAACUCAUCUAAAGAGUGUGCUGGUGUUGAAAAUAGAACAAGUCAAAAUGGUAACCAGCAUCCUGCUUAUCUGGACGCUGAAAAGGAUGAGAAAUCCCGUGGGCAGUUGCAGAAUGCAAAGCGUAAACAUGCAGGGUUCAGAAGCCCUAUAUGUGAGGUUGCAAAUUCUCCAUCAAGUAAUGAUGAAGCUGAUGCUCCUGCCAAUGAGUUUACAACUGCCAAGAGAAUGAUGGUAUGCACAAUUGGGAUGGAUGUUGUGCAUAAGUCUGUACGUAGUGGUCUACAAGGUGCUUCUGUAUCACCGCAAUGUGAUAACAACCAUAGUACACGGAAUUAUGGCGUGAGACCAAGCUGGAAUUCUCGUCGUGGACCACGUGGUAGUUUUAUACCCCCUAUCAGAAAUAAUGGAGGAUCAGGUACAACAAUCUCACGGGUCACUGGCAAAAAUGACGAGUCCAUGGAAGUUUCAACAAGGAAAUGUAUUGACAUGCUUUGUGGCCCUGAUGGUGAGCUUCCUGAGAAGCUGAGGAAUCUGGAAUCUCGCCUUAUUGAACAUGUCAGUAAUGAAAUAAUGGAUAGGGAUCCUAAUGUUCGCUGGAAUGACAUAGCUGGUUUGGAACAUGCAAAGAAAUGCGUGACAGAGAUGGUGAUAUGGCCACUGCUACGUCCUGAUAUAUUCCGUGGCUGUCGGUCUCCUGGAAGAGGUCUACUGUUGUUUGGACCUCCUGGAACAGGCAAAACCAUGAUUGGAAAGGCAAUAGCUGGUGAAGCCAAGGCAACAUUUUUCUACAUAUCUGCUAGUUCACUGACAAGCAAAUGGAUUGGUGAGGGUGAAAAACUUGUUAGGGCACUUUUUGGUGUGGCCAGUUGUCGUCAACCUGCUGUCAUAUUUGUGGAUGAGAUAGACUCAUUAUUGUCUCAGCGCAAAUCAGAUGGUGAACAUGAAUCAAGCAGGAGACUGAAAACACAGUUUCUAAUUGAGAUGGAAGGUUUUGACACUGGAAAUGAGCAAAUCUUACUUAUAGGAGCAACAAACAGACCCCAGGAACUGGAUGAAGCAGCGCGUAGGCGACUCACAAAACGUCUAUACAUCCCUCUUCCUUCAUCAGAAGCACGGGCUUGGAUAAUUCGCAAUCUAUUGGAGAAAGAUGGUCUUUUCAUGCUCUCGGAAGAAGAAACAAGUGCUAUCUGUAAAUUAACUGAAGGCUACUCAGGAUCUGACAUGAAAAACUUAGUGAAAGAUGCCUCAAUGGGACCCCUAAGAGAGGCUCUUCAAAGGGGCGUUGAAAUCACAAAGCUCAGCAAGGAGGAUAUGCGACCAGUGAUGCUGAAGGAUUUCGAGAAUGCUAUGCAGGAGGUAAGACCUUCUGUUUCCUCAAGCGAGCUGGGAACUUAUGAAGAAUGGAACAUGCAAUUUGGGAGCCUAUCGAUCUAGUUUAUGGGGAGGCAUAGAAAAAAAAGGAGUUCAAUGGUUUUAGUCGGAAUGUGACAUCUAUAACACCUCGCUGAACUUUAGAAGUUCAGCAGUAGAACACCAAUGUUUUAAAGCAUCAAAAUUUGAACAGUCUAUUUGGAGUACUGAGUAAUUUCCUGGAGCCUACGAUAUCAAAUCAAUUCAAAUGGCUUUGAAUAUUCUUUUCUGGAAA